ACGUGAACGCGGAUAACAUACGUACACGCACCAAAUUGAGGUUAUGCGAGUUGUUUUUUCAAAAAAAGCAUUGAACAUUUUCAAAAAUUAAUUUCUCUUAAUAAAGUUUAUGUAGGAUUUAAAGCCCGAUACAAUGGGACGAAAAGCGAAGUUUGACGAAGGUGUUGUAGUGAAAAAAGGUCCGGGAAAAAAGGCCAAAAAGCAAAAAGAUCCCCUUUUUCCAAAAUCCUUAACAGAUGAAUCAACUAAUGCCGAAAAGCAACUCAGUUCGAGGCAAAAGAAGAGGGCAAAGAAACGAGAGGACAAAAAGGCACUGUUACUGGCAAAGCGAAAGGAAAAGCAAAAGAAUAAAAACGGUGAAAAACCCAUAGUUAAAAAGAAAAAAGUAGUCACUGCUCCUCUUAAACAGUAUUUCUCUGAAGAAUCUGAAUCUGAUGAUGAUGAUGAUGAUGAUGAUGAUGAUGAACAACCAGAAUCUAUGGAAGCAGAAUCGGAAGAGGAAGUUGUCAUCAAACCAAGCACCAAAGGUUUCUCUGAUGACAAUAAAUCAUGGUUAAAGGUGAAAAAUAAAAAAUCACAAAGUAUUAAGCAGGAGGAGAUGGAAGAAGAUGAAAAUACUGAUGAGGAAAUUGAAGAAGAAGAGGAAGAUGAUGGUAGCUUAAAAGUUGGAACAUUUGAUGAUUUAUCUGAUGAAGCUGAAAGUGAACAAUCCGAACAAGACUCUGAAGAUGAUGAUGAUGAUUUACUCCCAAUUGAAAAGCAAAACUUAAAACUCAAAAAGAAAAAGGCCAAGGAAGACCAAGAGGCCGAGGAGGAGCUCCAACUAAACAUAGCCAACCAAGAAACCUUUAAAUUCCCCACCCAAGACGGAGAAGAAGUCAAGUCUUUACAAGAUGUCCAACAAAGAAUCAGGGAAUUAAUCACUGUCCUAUCUGACUUCAGUAAGAAUAGAGACCAGGAGCAUUCGAGAAGUGAAUAUUUGGACCUUUUAAGAACUGACUUGUGCACCUAUUACAGCUACAACGAGUUCCUAAUGGAAAAGUUCAUGCAACUAUUUCCACUGUCCGAACUACUCGAGUUCUUGGAAGCCAGCGAAGUUCAAAGGCCUUUAACGAUUAGAACCAAUAGUUUGAAAACGAGAAGAAGGGAUUUAGCUCAAGCGUUAAUCAACAGGGGAGUUAACUUAGAUCCUGUGGGAAAAUGGAGCAAGGUUGGAUUGGUAGUAUAUUCCUCGCAAGUACCAAUGGGAGCAACCCCGGAAUAUUUGGCCGGUCAUUACAUUAUACAGGGGGCGUCGAGUUUUUUGCCGGUAAUGUCCCUGGCCCCUCAAGAAAACGAGAAAAUCCUGGACAUGUCCGCUGCCCCGGGCGGCAAAGCAUCGCACAUCUCGGCCCUUAUGAAAAACACCGGAGUCCUGUUCGCUAACGAUUUAAAUAAGGAUCGUAUUAAAGCAGUGGUAGGGAAUUUUCAUCGGUUAGGAGUGGUUAAUAGUGUUAUCACUUGUAUGGAUGGAAGGAAAUUCCCCAGUCUCAUGAAGGUUUUCUUUGAUAGGGUUUUACUUGAUGCACCCUGUACAGGUACUGGAGUGGUAGCAAAAGAUCAAAGCGUUAAAACUAGCAAAGACGAAAUCGACAUUCAGAGGUGCUAUAAUUUGCAACGACAACUUUUGUUGGCCGCCAUAGAUUCCGUUAAUGCCAAAUCAUCUACCGGAGGUUAUAUCGUGUAUUCCACUUGCUCUGUUUUACCUGAAGAGAACGAAUGGGUGGUGGAUUUCGCUCUAAAAAAACGGAAUGUUAAACUGGUCGAUACUGGAUUGGGCUUCGGUACCAAGGGUUUUAUUAAAUAUAGGAACCUUAGGUUUCAUCCUACUUUACAUUUAACGAGGCGGUUUUAUCCGCACGAGCACAACAUGGACGGUUUCUUUGUGGCGAAAUUUAAGAAAUUUUCGAAUGUUAUUCCCACUGGUGAUAAUAGUAAGGUCACAGAAGAAGAAAAUGAAGAGGAACAGAUGGAUAAUAAUGGUCUAAAGGUUAAUGAGAGUUCUUCGGAGGAAGAUGAUGAAUUAAAAGAACCAGUUAAUAAAAAAACGAACAAAAAACAAAACGGUAACGUUAAGAGUCCGAAAAAAUUGAAUAAAAGCUUAAAGAAAAAGGAGGAUUUGCAAAAAGUUAACUGGGAAGACGUGCCCAAAGAAGUGGGAGUUAAGUUGAACAAGAAGCGACAAAAAAGCGAACACAAAAAGAAGGAAAUCGGAAAAAUCAAAAACAAAGAUUUACAAUUUAAGGGAAAAUCGAGGCAAACGUUUAAGGUCAAGCAAAAAGGUGGAAGUAAAAAUAAAUUUCGGUAAAAAUUUAUCAAUUUGUGUUUUUAACUAAGAUUAAUUAUUUUGUUUGUAUUGAAAAUAAAACGAUUUUAAAUGCAA